AUGGCCUCGGGCGAUACCCAGCAAUCCCUCCGCCAUCGCCGCAAAGGCUCGGACGACUCCAAUGCAGCUCAAGUCUCUCAGGACGAGCCACGCGCGCGCAAGACCGAGGAGGUCGUCUGGGGCAAGACGCCAAGCGGCGAAGUCUUUCGCGUCCCUACGACCCACGACGUUCUAACGGCGCUGUUCCAUCCCGCAUACCCCAAAUCGCACCUGGACUUGCUCAACCUCGGCUUACUCGGGCUGCAGCUAGUGCUAUUCUGUGUGCUGCCACGUAACGUCGCUAAAGUCUUCUUCUUUGUCUACUUCGCCUUCUGGCGAGCGGCGUACGACUUGGGUCUCGGCUGGGUGCUUACGAAACAGAGCAAGCGCAAAUGGAUUGUCCGUGAAGUCCAGCGUCUCGGCUGGCUCGACGAGAAACGUAUGCCCGCAAUGCGCAAUUGGAUCAGGCAGCAGCUUGCGGGGAAGAUGGGCAAGGAUUAUUCUUUCGACGAGCUUCCGCUAGAAUACAAUACGUGGCUUCUAUUCCGUCAGUUGGUGGACAUCAUCUUGCUCAAUGACUUUUUGGCCUACUGCAUGUUUGCCUUCACCUGUUUUCGCAUUCCGACUGACCUGUCGACGUCCGUCCAUAUCAUGCGGUGGAUUGGCGGUAUCGCCCUGAUUGCAUUCAAUCUUUGGGUGAAGACAGAGGCGCACGAUGUCGUCAAAGACUACGGCUGGUACUGGGGCGACGUGUUCUUCCAGCGCGGCGGACUCACCUUCAACGGCGUAUUCGAGCUUGCGCCUCACCCGAUGUAUUCUGUUGGCUAUGCUGGGUACUACGGCUUGUCCCUCAUCAUCGGAAGCUACUUGGUAUUGUUCGUCAGCCUGGCAGCUCACGCCGCUCAGUUCGGCUUCCUGGUCUUCUUCGAAAACCCCCAUAUCGAGAGGACCUACGGUCAGAAGAAGCUUCUCGCCCAGCGGUCCCCUCUGGCGUCCGUAUCUGCAUCCUCGUCCUCCUCAGGCAAGAAGUCAAGGGACAGCCCCAUCUCCCAUGAUCGCCAGGUCUCAGCGUCCUCUCUCUCCUCUGUUGACCUCCCGACGCCGUCCGCUACUGAAGGAGAGACUGCAACUGAAACCGACGGACCUAUGACGGAAACUGAGACUGAGACGGAGUACGAGAGCAAGACCGAGGAUCUCAAGCGCAAGCUUCAGCGCCGCUCGGCGAGUUCGCUCAGAUCUGUCGGCUCCAUGAGCGAGAACUCCCGCUCGAGGCGUCCUGGCUCCCCGGUCAUGUCCCAGCACGACCUUAUGAACCGGUACUUCCGCCAGGACACAAUUUUCCUGCACAACUUGGAUCUCCUGCGUGCCGCUGACCUCAAGCUGGUCCUCAUCAUGCUAUACCCGCUCGUCCUCUCCUUCCUCCCGCUGCUCUCGCCCCGCGGCACGCUUGUGUUGCACUUCGUGCACGCUCUCGGGUGGUGCCUAGUGCAUUCGUUCGGCCUUGGUCUCCUUCUUCGCGCUCAGUCAGAACGCAAGUUCCUCGUGCGCCACUUCCUGAAGCACUACCACUACCCCGCGCACGACCACGGUCGCGGAGCCCUCAUCGAGGCGUUCACAAACUGGAAGUUGAUCUACAACCUCAGCAUGUGCAUGACAUACGUCUCGUUCAUCUGUCUUGUGUGGAAGACGUAUACCAUCCCGCAGGAAUGGACGGUGGGCGUCGAGCUUCUGCGCCACACUAUGGGAGCGGUCCUCGGUGCCUUUGGUGCGUACUGCUCGGCCUCGUUGCAGUCGCUUUCUAACUCUGUUCCCAUAGGUUGGUUCUUCGGUGACUUCUUCGUGGAGGACUUCCCCUCGCACCUUGAAUACACUGGCAUCUACCGCUAUCUAAACAACCCGGAGGUCAUGAGCGGUGCAGCCUUCUUCGGCUUGACAUUGAUCAGCGGCAGCAAGCUCGUGGCCGCACUGGCGGUGAUUCGUCACCUUUCUCAAUGGUGGUUCUUGAGUAGAGUCGAGAAUCCUCAUAUGCGGAAAUUGUACGGCGACUCGUUGCGGAAUGACGCGGGCUUUGUCAAGGUCAUCAAGAAGGUCGCGAACAAGAACGCACGCCUUCUCGAGUCCCGCGCUGGCCGGCACGCGCCGGAGAUCCGCAGGGUUGCACGCGAAGUCAAGGGCACCUUCGACAAGGUCUACGAGGAAACUGCCGACGUCGUGGAGGAGUUCUUGGCAAAGUCACGCCCCAAGAUCUCGGAGGUUGUCCAGGACACGAAGAUCCUGCUCCAGCAGUCCAGGGAACGCCUUGUCAUCUCCCGGGUGGCCAAUGACCUGUCCUCGUACGACACAGCCAAGUACAAAGUCUCUAUUGUGCCCGCUGCGGAUGGCUCCCUCCGCUUCCAUCUCGGUGAACCCAUCAGGAUAAAAUGGCGGGCGCCGCUGCACCACUCGCGCCGCGAUUGGAUUGGCAUUUAUCGGGUUGGUGCGAACCAAUCAAACCUCGUCACCAAAACCUCGUCCCUCGGGAUGUGGGUUCCGGUGCAUGAUGAGGAAUGGGACGGUGAUAUACCCUUGAGCCUGAACCGGCCGAACCGUCCCGACAACGACUCGGAAGAUGGCGAAACCAUAUUCCAGCGCGGAACUUUGCCCUGGCAGACUGGUCGCUACGAGAUCCGGUACCACCACGCCGGUAAAUAUAACGUCAUGAGCUUGGACGGUCCCUUCGAGGUCUACGUGGACAAGCCGAGUGCCAUGAACUUCGGCAACAUCCGGAGGAGCCUCAUGCACAUUGUGCCGCUUUGUCUGGACUCCGACCCUUCAUUAAUCCCUCUGUCGUGCAAGUCCGAGGAAGAGAAGAUGGCUAGCGAAGAUGAUGAUGCUCGGGACCCUGACGACUUCCGCUUCUGGUCUGAGAGACAGGCCAAACGCAUUUCUGUCGCGAUCAAGCAAGCGUUCGGCGUCGAGCUUACACCGGAGGUCGUCGUGGCGGAUGCGAACAUCAAUGCCUUGGCCAAUCGGAUACUGGUGUCGAAAGAGCUGCUGUCGGACUGA